CGAAUUCCAUUCCGCCUCUUACUUUUUUUCGGCAGCUCUCUCUCCCCUCUCUCUCCCUCUCUCUCUCUCUCCCUCUCUUUCUCUCGCAGCACAGGACUUUGCAAGACCGCAUUUAGCCACAUCACAAGUCAAAGUUUCGCAGUGCAAUUCUUUGGAGCGUCUCCGCGUGGACAUUUUUACGCACCGAGCCGUCCUCUCCAAAGAGAAGCCUCGCGUAAACCGGCGCGUUAAAGGAUCGCGCGUACCUGUUGAUGAAGUCCCGCCGGGCGCACAGGAGCACUCGAAUUUCUUCUCGGAGAAGAGGAGUGUGAGGUGAGGAAGGUGCAGGCAACCCUCCGCUCCAGCGGCCCGGAGGAGUGAGGCACUGCGGCUCCUUUCCCUUCCUCCCCCCCCCUCUCCGCCGCCCAUCCCAUCCCACCCGCCCCGCACAUGCAGCCUGCGCUGGGUUGGUGGAAAAUGGGCACUCCGACCACUUGGACCCGCGGACUUAUCGUGUCUCUGAUCCUCACAUGCCAGCUGGUUACUGUGACUCAGGCCUCCAAAGUUUGGGGAGAGGUCCCUCUGCCAGAAGACUUGGAGGGCGAGAGAGCGGUCCUGGCGUCUCAGAGCUUGCUGGACGACGACGAGGACUUUGCCGCCGAUGGAGUUUCAGGAGAUCUGCCCAGUGGAGAGGAGGAUGGUAGCACGCCUGAUGUCACAAGCACAAUAUAUUACAGAGCUCUUGUCAACUUCACUGACUCCCUGGUGUACGGCCCCGAGCUGGAGGACAUCUUUUCAGUGGCCUUUAAUGAGAUCUCCGAAGCAGUGGUGGACACGCUGGAGUCAGACUACAACCGGAUUCCGGGUAUCCAAACAGUGAACGUGGUUCUCAUUAAGAAGAUGAUAAGAGACGACGGCGUGGACGUGUUCGUGGAGAUGGACGUGGGUUCCGACGACAACAGCGAUGACGAUCAGAUACGCAGCGUCCUGUACAACGUGGUGAAGGAGGGAUCCAUCGCUUCCUACGUCACAUCAGUCCAGGGCUUUGACUUCAGGCGGCUCGGGGAAGUUGAUCCUCGAAUGGAGCGUAUAGCAGCGCCAGCAAUCUCCAACAUCAGACCCUGCACGUCAGACGAGCACAGGUGUGGGGAUGGGACAUGUAUCCUGAUGGAAUACCUGUGUGACAACAGGCCGGACUGCAGAGACAUGAGCGAUGAGACAAAUUGUGAGAUAAAGCCAGAGCCUCCAGUCCCCACCACCGCUAAAACCACAACCACCGCCGUCAAGAAGCCCCCCAGCCCACCUGGACCCUGCAGGGCGGAUCAAGCCAAAUGCCAGAGCGGAGAGUGUAUCGCCCGGGACUACAUCUGUGACGGCGAGAGGGACUGCUCGGACGGAAGCGACGAGCUCAGAUGCGGUACCCCAUCGCCCUGUGAACCCAACGAGUUCAAAUGCAAGAACGGCCGCUGUGCCCUCAAGCUAUGGCGUUGUGAUGGAGACAACGACUGCGAGGAUAACUCUGAUGAAACGGACUGCCGUAAGUCCACCAAGGGUCCCGGCGACAGGUGCGCUCCCAAGCAAUUUGAGUGCCUGAACGAUCGCACCUGCAUCCCAGCCAGUUACCAGUGUGAUGACGAACCGGACUGCCCAGACCGCUCCGAUGAGUACGGCUGCACCCCGCCCUCUGUGACGAGCCCGCCGGAAGAGUCCGUCGAGGCAGCGCGGGGGGCGACGGUGACGUUCACGUGUCAAGCUGUUGGAGUGCCAACGCCUAUCAUCAGUUGGAGACUCAACUGGGGACACAUUCCACUCAGCAGCAGGAUCUCCAUGACCAGCGAGAAUGGCCGGGGCACCCUGACCAUUCGCGAUGUGAAAGAGUCCGACCAGGGGGCGUACACCUGUGAGGCCAUCAACGCCAAAGGCCUGGUGUUUGGGAUCCCCGACGGCGUGCUCACUCUCACGUCAAGUCCAAAUCCAGGCAACUGUCAGGAUGGUCACUUCAGCUUGGAGGGCCGCUGUGUCUCUUGCUUCUGUGCCGGAAUUUCCAAAAACUGCAAGCGAACCGGACGCUACCGGAACCAGAUUGGCCUGCGUUUCACGGAGGAGGAAGACUUCAAAGGAGUGAAUGUCACCUCUCCGUCCAGGCCGGGCACUCCUCCGCUCUCCUCCUCUCAGCUCCUCAUUAAUCCAGAGAUGAAGGAGUUCCAGCUCGUCGACCUGUCACGCCGUUUCCUCAUCCUUGACUCGUUCUGGUCACUGCCUCGCCAUUUCCUGGGCAACAAAAUUGACUCCUACGGCGGUUCCCUGAGGUUCAAGGUGCGGUACACGUUGGCCCGCGGUCUGUCUGAGCCGGUGGAGAAGCCCGAUGUGAUUCUCGUUGGGAAUGGACGCAGGCUUGUGUCAGUCAGAGGCAGACCUACCCCUGGCCAAGUGGUCAACCAGAAGGAGAUCAAAUUCACUGAAGACCAAUGGCAGCACUCCAACGGCCGCGCUGUGAGCCGCGAGGAGCUGAUGAUGACACUGGCCAACCUGGACAGCAUACACAUCCGCAUUGUCUACGACAACCACAUGGUCAGCGUUGGGCUCAGUGAAAUUGUCAUGGAUACCACCACUGUGGAGUUCAGCACGGAGGGUCAUGCUAAGGAUGUGGAAGAGUGCAGAUGUCCUCCUGGAUAUUCAGGCCUGUCCUGUGAGAUGUGUUCCCCUGGUUUCGAGCGUGUGCCGGGCGGCUCCUACCUUGGCACCUGUGCCGGUUGCAACUGUAAUGGACACGCCAGCGCCUGUGACCCAAUCAGUGAACGCUGUCUGAGCUGCCAGCACAACACCGAGGGCCCCCAGUGCGAGAAGUGUCGCCCUGGUUACUUUGGUGACGCGACCAGAGGUCGCUCAGAUGACUGCAAGCCCUGCCCCUGCCCCUACUACGAGACCUCGCGGCGGUUUUCUGACACCUGCUUCCUGGACGUUGACCAACAGCCAACGUGUGAUGCCUGCAGGCCCGGCUACACGGGGAGACGCUGUGAAAAGUGUGCUCCUGGUUACCAGGGUGACCCUCUUCAGCCUAAUGGAAGAUGUACUCUCACACCUGGCCAAAGCUGUGAUAACAGAGGGACGAUCAGCUCCAGCAGCAGACCAUGCAGCUGCAAGAACAACGUGGCAGGCGCUGUGUGCGAUGAGUGUAAGGCCGGAUUCUUCCACCUAUCGGGGACCAACCCCGAUGGCUGUCAACCUUGCUUCUGCAUGGGCGUCACCAAGCAGUGCGCCAGCUCCACCUGGAAUAGAGAUCAAGUGCGCGGAGGGACGAGCGGGCAGCUCCUCUCCAUCUCCAACAGAGCCAACACCAGAACUAUUUCUGAAGGCAUCUCCCAGAGGGGCUCCUCUGAAGUUGUCUACCGCGCAGUACCCUUUUCCCCCAAAGAUACCUACUACUGGGUCCUGCCCGAGAGCUUCCUCGGAGAUAAGGUGACGGCCUACGGCGGCGAGCUUCGCUACACCGUGCUGUUCCAAGAGUAUCAGCCAUCACUGGUGAUUGACGGCCAGCCAGAUGUGCUUCUGCAGGGCAACGGCAUCUUCCUGGAGCACUACUCUCAGACCAAGCCCCUUCCACGUGUUUCAAAAACGGUGACCGUGACCUUCAGAGAGUCUGGAUGGCGUCGCGCUGAUGGCCAGCCGUGUACUCGAGAGCACCUGCUGAUGGCCCUGGCCGACGUUACUGUCCUCAUGAUCAGGGCGACCUACGCAGCAAACAUGGCGGAAAGCAGUAUCAAGGACAUCGAGAUGGACGUCGCCGUUCCUGACUCCACUGGCAAUGAACGUGCUCUGGAGGUGGAGGAGUGCGCCUGUCCUCGGGGAUACAGAGGACCUUCUUGCCAGGACUGUGAUGAAGGUUACACCCGGGCCACCUCUGGCCUCUACCUGGGCACUUGCGAGAGGUGCGACUGCAACGGUCACGCCAGCAGCUGUGACAAGGAGACGGGCAACUGUCUGCAAUGUCUCCACAACACCGCCGGGCCAAGGUGUGAGCGCUGUCAGGAUGGUUUCUAUGGAAACCCGGUCACGGACGGCGCUCAGGCCUGCCAGCCCUGCCCUUGUCCUGGAACGGCUUCCAACAACCAAUUCACCCUCACCUGUUAUCUGGAGGCUGACGGCCAGCCAACAUGUCAAGGCUGUCCCACUGGAUACACUGGCCGACGCUGUGAAAGGUGUGAACCAGGAUUCAUUGGCAACCCACUGCUUGGACAGAGGUGUAGUGUUGACAACAAUGAUAACUGCUACGACUGUGACGAACGAGGAAGUGAAGGUUGCAAUGGUGAUGUUUGCCACUGCAAGUUGAACGUUGAGGGCCCAUCUUGCUCCAACUGCAAGGCUGGAAGCUUCCAUCUGAGCCGGGACGUGAAAGACGGCUGCCUGUCCUGUUUCUGUAUGGGUGUAACUCAGCAGUGCUCCAGCUCUACCCACUACAGAGACACGGUGUCCUCAGUCUUCUCACCAGGAAACUUCCAGGGUUUUGCGCUGGUGAACCGCCAGCGCACCAACCGUAUCUCCACCGGUUUCACUGUGGAGGUUUCCACUGAAGGCACUCAGCUGUCCUACACCAACUUUGAUUACCUGGGACAGGAGCCUCAUUACUGGCAGCUUCCUGGGAUCUUCCAGGAUGACAAGAAAAAAACUUUUUUCACUCGCAAAAGACGAGCACAGCAGGGUGAUGUCAGUCAGCUGGACGAUGAGGUCUGGGCGCUGUUCUCUAACUUCUCCAAUGGACACGCUGGUUCCUCUCGAUUCUUUCCCUCCUCUAAAUCCUCCACCUCUUCCUCCUCUCUUUCUUCUUCUUCUUCUUCCUCCUCCUCCUCCCGAUGGUCCUUGCGUAACCCGAGCCCCCCUUCUAGGUCUGGUACGUCAUCUUCACUUAAACCAACCAGACCUCAGGCUUACUCCCCACUCCACUCGCUCCAUCUCCAGCACAAUCUGGUCGACAAAGGUUUCAGCUUGCACCAGGAUGAUCCGCUGGACUGGCAGCUGCCAGCGCAAUUCACAGGGGAAAAGGUGGGUUCUUACGGAGGCAAGAUUAAAUACUCCAUCUCCUACGUCGCUGGCCCAAGAGGAUCACCCAUCGAUGAUGCCGACGUCCAGGUUAUUGGUAACGACAUCACUUUGGUAGCUCGUCAGCCCUGGCAGCCGAGGCAGCAGGGCGCCAGAGAGACGCGCCAUUUUGAGAUUGUCUUCAAAGAGGAAAACUGGCGCCGUCCUGAUGGCAUGCCGGCCACCCGAGAGCACCUGCUGAUGGUUUUGGCGGAUCUGGACGACAUCCUGAUCAGAGCGUCCUACUCCACUGAGAUGCGGUCCUCCAGUAUCUUUGACAUAAGCAUGGAGGUCGCCGUGCCUAACUUCAGCGGCUUGGCCCAGGCACUCGAGGUGGAGCAGUGUCGCUGCCCACCUGGAUACCUGGGACUGUCUUGCCAGGACUGUGCGCCUGGGUAUACUCGCACUGGAGGAGGUUUAUAUCUGGGCCAUUGUGAGCUGUGCGAUUGCAACGGACACUCCGACUCCUGCCGCCCUGAAACUGGCACCUGCACGAGUUGCCUGCACAACACCCAGGGAGAGUUCUGUGACCAGUGCGCUCCUGGCUUCUUUGGUGACGCCACUGUUGGCACUCCGGAGGACUGCCAGCCCUGCGCCUGCCCCCACAGUGACCCAGACAACCAGUUCUCCCCCACAUGUGAGAGCCUUGGAAACGGAGGCUACCAGUGUACUGCCUGUCAGCCUGGUUACACUGGCCAGUACUGUGAACGUUGUGCUUCCGGAUACGUUGGCAACCCUCAGGAGAGACAAGAGUGCCGUCCAUACGAUGAUGCAGCCUCACUGGUGGUGAAGGUUUACCCCGAGAGGGUCCAAUCGCCUCCGGGGGGCUCGGUCACCCUCCGCUGUCAGGUGUCCGGCUCUCCUCCACACUAUUUCUACUGGUCCAGAGAGGACGGCCGAUCCAUCUCCAGCAGAGCCGACAGACACCGACAAGGAGCAGAGCUGUACUUCACCAACGUCCAGCCCAGUGAUGCCGGUGUCUACAUCUGUACCUGCAGAGACCGGCGCAGCACCAACAGGAGCCGCGCUGAAAUUGUUGUCACAGCAGUUGUCCCGUCCAAAGCCAUUGAGGUUACAGUCGAGGAGCCCAAAUCCCAGACCGUCCACCUGGGGUCAACUAUCAGUUUCAUCUGCACCGCAAAGAGCAAGUCGCCAGCCUACACCCUCGUGUGGACACGGAUGGGUAACGGGAAGCUUCCCAACCGGGCCAUGGACUUCAACGGCAUCCUGACCAUUCGGAACGUCCAGCCCGAGGACGCGGGCGUGUAUGUUUGCACUGGCUCCAACAUGUUUGCCAUGGACGAGGGCAAUGCCGUCCUCCACGUGCCAGAGGCCUCACAGACUCAGAUGUUUUACACAGCCUAUGAAAUGUUUGAAGGACACAGAAAGCCCUCGGAGGAAGCCCAGCCCGUGGCAACCAUCACUCCCUCGGUGCUGAAUGUCCAGCAGGGCCAGCGGGCAGAGUUCCGCUGCACAGUGACCGGGAACCCAACUGCCGCCAUUGAAUGGUUCGGGGGUCCCGGGAACAGAAUGAGUCCGAGGGCUGUUGUACGAGGAGGCGUUCUGACCUUCGUAGCAGUGGACGCAGCUGAUGAGGGAGAGUACACCUGCAAGGCCCUGAACACCCAUGGGGAGCACACCGCACGGGUUUCCUUAUUUGUCCAAAAGUCUAACCCAAGUGGCCUCGGCACAAAGCCCCAAGUCCAAGUCAGUCCCCAAAAUAUCGACGCUCACGAAGGGGACAACUUGAGGUUGUAUUGCCGAGCAACAGGAGUACCCACCCCGAAGCUCACCUGGCUGAAAAACGGGGGACAAAUCGUUCCAAAGGCCAUUCCCUCUCAUGGUUUCCAUCAGUUUAAAAGCAACAGUCUCGAUGUGUUACAGAGACGUAUUGAGGAGCAGCAGGCUCGCAUGGACCGCACCGACAUCGGCACGCUGCUCAUCCCCAACGUCCAGAUGUCCGACUCGGGCACAUACACGUGCGUUGGUAGCAACAGCAUCGGCUCAAACAGUGCUCCCAUUAGGGUCUCUGUGCUUAAAGGGGACCACAGCGCCUCAGCGGUCAGCAUCCAGCCAUCCACAGCUGAUGUACAGGAGGGACAGAGUAUUGAGCUCAAGUGUUUGGCCCCUGGAAACCCACCGCCGCAAGUCACCUGGACGAAAGCCAGUGGACGGCUCUCCUCCAACCACCAGGUUUUGGGCAGUCGGCUGCGUAUCCUGUCGGCCACUCCACAGGACUCAGGGGAGUAUGUCUGCCGGGUGAAGGGCAACCCCGGAAACACCGGAUCUCACGUCCAACCAGCCUCUGUGUCGGUGUCCGUCACUUCAACUUCUUCACGUCUUCAGAGUCCAAUUAUCGCCAUUGAGCCCCACAUCACUGCAGUGAGUGUUGGGGAGUCAGCCAGCUUCAGGUGUAAGGUGCAUAGCGGAGCCCAGCCUGUCAGACUGGAGUGGAAACUGGCCAGCAACCAGCCACUGCCAGACAAUGUUAAAGUUGGCCCGGAUGGUUCUGUUGUUACCAUUACCAACGCCCGUCCCAUGAACCACGGUGCCUACCGCUGUGUGGCAAGCAACCUGUUCGGCAUCACCCAGAGCAUCGUGUCUUUGGUUGUCAAAGAGUCUCCUGUGGCCACUGUCACCCCAGUCGGACCCCUGCGUAUCAGGGUGGGCGAACCCAUUAACCUGGAAUGCCAGGCAUCUGGAGAGCCCCGCCCCUCGGUCUCGUGGCACAGGCUGGACCGGAACCGCAAGACCAUCCUGACCAGCCCGGUGCCUAUGGAGUCCAACGCAGUCAUGCAGAUACUAGUGGCACGUCGAGAAGACAGUGGCACUUAUAUUUGCACAGCUCGCAACAACGAGGGCUCCACCGAGACCAGGGUGGAGGUUAUUGUUGAGGGCGGCUCCCAAGUGCCCGCGGUACCCCGGGCCUCGGUUCCUGAGGCGCUGAUGGUCGUGGUGGAAGGGCAGACUGCAACGCUUCGCUGUGAGGCCCACGGUUUCCCUUCCCCGACGAUCACUUGGUCCAAGCUGCGGUCUCCUCUGCCGUGGAGACACAAGGUGGUGAACAACAGCCUGGUGCUGCCCGCAGUGGGCCGCCAAGACUCCGGAGAAUACAUCUGCACCGCAACCAACAACAUGGGCACCACUGAGGUCACCGUCAUGCUAGAUGUAGAGACACCUCCUUAUGCCACUUCAAUGCCCGACGAUGUGGCCGUGCGGGUCGGGGAGGUGAUCAGGUUGCAGUGCCUCGCGCAUGGAACCCCUCCCCUGACCUACACUUGGACAAAGCUGGAUGGAAACCUGCCUCCGAGGGCCCAGGUUAGCGGAGGGGAUCUUCAGAUCAACCUGGCUUCCGCUGAGGAUGCUGGGAGCUACAAGUGCGUGGCCAGCAACAAAGUGGCCAACAGCGAAGUGAUCGCUAAAGUCACAGUCAGAUCCCCCUUGGCGGUGCGUGUGUCACCCCAGGUUGAAGUAAAGGCCCAGGGCAGUGCUGUGGAGUUCACUUGUUCAUCAGCUGGCGGUAUAGAGACCAAAAUUGAGUGGCUGAAGGAAGGAGGAGCCCUGCCACCAAACCACCACAUCAAGGACGGGGUGCUCAGGAUUGAGAACCUCGAGCAGAGCAAUGAAGGCGUUUAUAUCUGCAGAGCCAGCAGCGUGUACGGUCAGGCCCAGGACGCCGCCAGGUUGACCAUCCAAGCCCUGCCAAAGGUGAUGAUCAAUGUGCGCACCUCGGUGCAGACUGUGAUGAUUGGGAACUCUGUGGAGUUCGAGUGCCAGGCCGUCGGUGACCCGGAGCCCACGGUUAGGUGGAGUAAAGUUGGUGGGUCUCUGCCCGCUCACAUAAUGGUGAAGGGCGGCAUGCUAAGGAUCGAGAAAGUGACGGAGGCCGACGCCGGGAAGUACCGCUGUACGGCGACCAACAACGUAGGCUCGGUCCAGUCGCAGGUGGUGCUGAACGUCCAGUCCCUCCCUCAAAUUGCCACGCUGCCUGAAACCAAGGAGGUCACAGUCGGGUCUGAUGCUGUCUUGCCCUGCGUGGCCUCGGGGUACCCUGCACCCGAGAUCAAGUGGUCCAAGGUGGAAAAAGAGCUUCCGCCAAAGUGUUUCCAGGAGCACAACGUGCUGACGGUUCCUCGCGUCACCCAUGACGAUUCAGGGAUAUACGUGUGCACCGCCUCUAACAAACAGGGAAAAGUGGAGGCCUUUACUACACUUCAAGUUCACGAGAGAGUGAUGCCAUACUUUGCCCAGGAACCCUUGUCCUACCUCACCCUGCCCACCAUCAAAAACGCCUACAAGGCUUUCAGCAUUAAGAUCAACUUUAGACCUGAUAAUGUUGAUGGUCUCAUGUUGUACGCCGGUAUGCUCCUCUACAAUGGCCAGAAGAAAACCACAGGAGCAGACUUCAUCUCUCUGGGACUUGUGGGCGGCCGCGUAGAGUUCAGGUUUGACGUUGGCUCGGGCAUGGCCACCAUACGCGAUCCCAACCCCGUCAAAAUGGGCGAGUUUCACACGGUUGAGCUGUAUCGCAACCACACUUUGGGCUACAUCACCGUGGACGGCAGGGAGCCCAUCAAUGGCACCUCACAGGGCAAGUUCCAGGGCCUGGAUCUGAACGAGGAGGUGCAUGUGGGUGGUUAUCCCAACUACACAGUCCUCGCCAAAACAGCUGGAAUAAACACUGGUUUUGUUGGCUGUAUCCGUCAGCUGGUUAUCCAGGGUGAGGAGGUCAUUUUCAAAGACCUCGACCGCAGCUCUACUGGCGUCACGAACUGCCCCACGUGCAAAGACCACCCGUGCCAGAAUGGAGGAGUGUGCGAGGACUCUGAUGCCAGCUUGUACAUGUGCGGCUGCCCCAGAGGAUUCACAGGCAGCAACUGCCAGCAUCACUCGUCCCUGCACUGUCACCCAGAGGCCUGCGGUCCCGACGCCACUUGCAUCCCUCGCACAAGCAGCCUGGGCUACGAAUGCCGCUGCCAUCUCGGCAAGUUUGGAAACAAAUGCAUGGAUGGGGAAUUGGUGACCACUCCACUAUUUGGCGAGGAGUCGUACAUCGCGUAUCCUCCCCUGACCAACGUUCAUGAUGACCUGCGCGUUGAGCUGGAGUUCAAGCCCAUGGAAAGAGAUGGCCUGAUGUUCUUCUGUGGAGGGAAGAAAAUGAAGGUGGAGGACUUUGUAGCAAUCUCCAUGGUGGAGGGACACGUGGAGUUCCGAUAUGAACUGGGCACAGGCCAAGCAAUCCUUCUAAGUCCCGAGCCAGUGUCUUUGGGCCAGUGGCACAGUGUUGUGGCCGAGCGAAACAAGAGGGUCGGCCAUCUUAAAGUUGACCAAGGCCCAGUGGAGAAAAAAACGUCUCCAGGAAAAGCCCAGGGCCUCAACAUCCACACCCACAUGUACCUGGGAGGAGUCCCCGACAUGGACAUCCUGCCUAAGCCUGCUAAUAUCAGCGAACUCUUUGAGGGAUGUAUAGGAGAGGUUUCUAUCAACAACAAGCAGGUGGAUCUGUCCUACAGCUUCACUGACAGCAGAUCCAUCCGCAAGUGUGUGGACAACAGCCCGUGUGACCGCCGGCCCUGCCUGAAUGGGGGCGACUGCCUGUCAAGUUUUGAAUAUGAGUACCAGUGCCUCUGUAAGGACGGAUUUGAAGGUGAGCGCUGUGAGGUGGUGAGAGACGCGUGCCAGAGCAACCUUCAGUGCCAAAAUGGUGGCAGCUGUGUCAAGGGCCAGUGUGUGUGUGCACCCGGCCGCACGGGUCUAAACUGUGAAGAAAGCCAGGUCUCCAGCUUCCCCGAGGCCCAGAGGAAUUCGGAAAGUAGCGAGUUAAAUGAUUCACCUUACCAGUAUGCAGCUCAUUUCCAUGACGAUGGAUACAUCGCCCUUCCUAAAUCUGUCUUUCCGAGAAGCGCCCAUGACUCACCAGAGACAAUCGAACUGGAGAUCAACACAAGCUCCUCUGAGGGCCUGAUCCUGUGGCAGGGAGUGGAGACCACUGGCGCACGCAAUUUGCGAAAGGUGCAUGCUAGUAAAAAGGAACGUGGCGAACAUGGCAAAGGCAAGGACUUCGUAAGCCUUGGUCUGCAGAACGGACACCUUGUUUUCAGUUACCAGUUGGGGAGCGGAGAGGCAGAGAUCUUGUCCCAGAAAGCCAUAAAUGAUGGAAGAUGGCAUAAGGUCACAGCAGUCAGAACUGGAAAAAACGGAUACAUCCAGAUUGAUGGCGGAGUCGAGCUAUCUGGACAGUCUAAAGGCAGAAGCCUCAUGGUCAACACCAAAGGCAGUAUAUACCUCGGAGGAGCCCCAGACAUGGCCGCCAUGACAGGAGGGAAGUUUUCGUCGGGAAUGACCGGCUGCGUGAGGAACCUGGCCAUGAUGAAUGCCCGGCCGGGACAGCAGCCGGCCCAGGCCAUCGACCUGCAGACCCACGCGGCCCACGGCAUCAACGUGCUGCCAUGUUCGUCAUAGAUAGCUGCACAUGCGGAAAUACACGCACGCACACACACACACACACACACACACACACACACACACACACACACACACACACACACCAGCACACACAGAGACUAUGGAGUUAUGUCAUGCAGAGACACAGCAUACGCACACAGAGAGACUCGGUGCUUUGCUGCUACCAAAAAAAUGCCAAGACGACACGACAGGAUAUCUUUCUCUAUGUGCAGCAAAACCAAAAAUAGAGAGAAACCAUGAAACAAUAUUAACACGUUUUCUACUCUGUGGUGUAUUCUCAAUGAAGGACAAUUAACACAGGAGAACCAGAACGGUUUAUAUACUUCCAGCAGUAGUUUAGUCAUGAAAAGAGUAAGACUAUAACAUAUUAGGCUUUCUACGAUGGGUCAGAUCCUAUGGAGUUGGAGAUGUUUUUACAGCACUGAAUUUUUAUUUAUAGACAUAUGAAUAUAUAUAUAUAUUAUAUUUGUUGGGGGGAAACAUGCAAACUAACCAUAACUGCUCUUCACCUUCCCUAGAGUUGAUUCUGGGUUCUAAUAAUGUGUGUCCAGGGCUUUGUAUAGGUCUAACUGUAUUCAUACUUGACGAUGUUUAGGCCUUCUUUCUUCACUUCUGUAGAGGAACUUUUUUUUUUCCCCCGCAGGCGAGCAUGCAUUUACACUCUCUUACAAAUUACUGAGAGAUGAGUGCACAUGGUCACUCGCAGCCUCAGUACACAACUCAGGUCGCCAAUACCAAUUAAUAACCAGAAAUGUUACAUACCACCACUUUAACUCAGCCAAUCUCUUGAUUUGCAAGUCCUUCAGAGCGCUUCAGAGUCCUCUGUCUGUAUUUGUUCUUUCUUAUGACAAAGAAAGAAACUAUGGUGCUAAUGUCAGACAUAACAAACGGCACAUACUCAAAUGGUUGCCUGUCUGUCACAGGUACUGUAGAACAAUGUGGUUACUUGGAUUAGGAAAUUCUACUCAGAUCUGUUAAUACAUUCAUGGCGUUUGAGGUUGAUUUGCAGAAAAAUAUGGCAUCAUUUGUUGCCUCCACAGCCAUACUUGGCAGUAAUUUGCUAUUUCUGUGCCAGAGAGCUAAAUAUCUCGAGGAAAUGAGGGUGAAUACUUUUUGUUGGUUAUGUAUGCUUCACUCCCUUCCAUUUCUCACAGGUCACCGUACUUUAAGCCACAGUACGUGUGUGUGUGUGUGAGUGUGUGAGUGUCAUGUUAUUUUCAGGUUUGGUAGCUUCAGCAAUGCAUCAACCUACAAAACUGAAGUCUCUGAGGUGUUCUCUGCAGAAGGAGAUGCAUCUGCAGCAAACAGCAGUAUUGGACACAGUUGGGAUAGUGUGUGUGUGGGAAUGCAGUGGACGCCUCAUGCAGGUGCUGCGACCAGUUGUGUAGCUCGGAUAAAGCGUGCUCGCCCACCUUUAGUUUCAACCACACCACAAUACUGCAAUAGCAUGAUCACUUUCACAAAUCUUUUUUCUCAUUUUUAUAAGCUUAAAAUAUGUGUAUUAAUAUCAUUCAUAGCAUUAAAAAGAGCACUAUCCUUUCUCCUAGUUGACUCAUUUUUAUUUAUUGUUAUGCGUUUUCUAUCUUUCUCUUUUUCCUCGCUUCUCAAGGCUUGAUUCUGCUGUUAGUAGAGCACUCACAUCUCUAUUUUCUUUCCUCUGGUUAUUGUGUAUUGCCUCCCACAGACCCUUUUUCCCCCCAUCGUGUUUGAGUUUAGGAAGUUUAUCAUGAAUCCUCAAUAAAGUUCCAUGAAAGGUUAAUGAAUAAAACCAUGAACUGAUUGGUCAAAGGUUGAAAACAGGUCUUAUUAUUCACUCAAUGAAAGAGAUUGUAGGCGCCAAAUUCAACACCUGUAAUAUAUAUCUAUGCAGAAAGUUGUCAUCAUGUUGAUGCAGAUGUGAAGAUGUGGAUUAAAUGGAGCCACGCUUGUGGUCCAGAUGUAGGACAGUGAAGCAGAGAUUGAUAGUGUGUAAACCCCUUGUCGGAUGCCUUUUGUGUAUCUGCUCUUAGACUGAAUUUUCAUAUAUAUACACUGUACUCUCUUUCCCAAACGCUAAGUUGUCAAGAAACUGACCCUGCUCCUUGGUUGUUUGAUGGUCAUUGCAAAAUAUGACAGGUGCACUUGUAUAAUGAUGGACAUUUUUAUUUUAAAAUUAGUUUUGCUUCUAAAUGCCACGGAAAGAGGAUAACUUGAAUGAAAGUGUACCAUAUGAAAUGUUUAAAAGAUGCUUCCCUUGCUUUUGGUGUUUCUUAAUUAAAAACAAAAAUUCAUGUACUAUU